AUGGCGCAGAUAAAUGAUCCUAGCUCUUCCAAUGCCUACGGUUCCCCAACUCCUUUGCUGUCAUGCCUUAGUGAUGAUAUACAAGUGCAACAGGAGCAAGACACUGGUGAGGGAGCCGCAGCUCAACAUUUAGUCCAUAAAAUCGCCGACAGAAACAUUGCGAAUCAGGCGUGUUCUCUUGUAUUAGCCUUCAGCAACCUCACCUAUGAAGCCAAAAUCAGCUGCAAGCUCAACUGGAGUUUCUUGCCACGCUUCAACAUGAUUAACAAGGAGCCAGCUGAGACAAAAGUUCUGCUCUAUGACAUCUCGGGUGAGGCAUAUGAAGGGCAGAUUCUGGCAGUUAUGGGAGCCUCGGGUUCAGGAAAAUCAACGCUGAUUGAUGCGCUGGCGAAUCGUAUAUCCAAGGGAAGCCUUAAAGGGCUGAUCACCCUCAAUGGUGAGCCUUUUGAUUCCAGAUUACUCAAAACCAUCUCCGCCUAUGUUAGGCAAGAUGAUCUCCUCUUCCCAAUGCUAACUGUUGAAGAGACCAUAACGUUUGCGGCUGAGCUGAGGCUUCCCCGGGGCAUUUCCAAGAUUGACAAGAAGAAAAGAGUUGAAGAUUUGAUUGUUCAGUUGGAUCUCUCAGACUGUGCUCAAACGAUAAUUGGAGAUGAAGGUCACAGAGGAGUUUCAGGUGGACAGCGGAAGCGAGUGUCGAUUGGAAUCGAGAUCAUACAUGAUCCAAUCAUUUUAUUUCUGGAUGAACCCAUCACAGGGCUUGAUUCUACCAGCGCUUACGCGGUGGUGAAGGUCUUGCAACGCAUCGCGGAGACAGGAAGCAUUGUGAUCAUGUCGGUGCACCAGCCGAGUUUUCGGAUUCUCAACCUCAUGGACCAGUUGUUAAUCCUGUCUAAGGGACAGAUUGUCUAUGGUGGCUCCCCAUCUGAUUUGCCACUGUUUAUGGAAAACCUGGGACAUCCAGUACCCAGAGAUGAGAACCCUGCAGAGGCUAUUUUGGAUCUCAUUUGCGAUCUAGAGAAUUCUUCAGAUGGGACCAGCAGCCUUGUCGAUUACAAUCGAAUGUGGGAAAAAAAGGAGGAUCACACCACAAGAAGCGCAGCAGUUGAACGCCCAUCAGGAACAGCCACCAAGGUUCCAGAAUUCGCUAAUCCGUGUUGGAUUGAGGUCUGGGUGUUGGCGAAGCGAUCCUUGCUAAAUUCAUUCCGCAUGCCAGAGGUUUUCGCGAGCCGAUUCGUGGUAACCCUGGCAACAGGACUGAUAGUGGCGUCCUUGUGUUGGCGACUUGAUCAGGAUUCCCUCCAGGGAAAUGAAGACAAACUAAAAGCUCUAGCAUUCGUUACAAUUUCAAUCCUUUUCUUAACCGGGGACGGGGCGGCAAUGCUUUUCUUGGAGAAAAACAUAAUGCUGAGGGAGACAAGUCACAAUGUCUACAGGAAAUCUUCUUAUGCCCUAUCGGAAGGGCUCACAUGGAUCCCCUGCCUCCUCAUCUUAUCGUUAACAUAUUCCGCUAUAACGUUUUGGGGGAUUGGGUUUGGGGAUGGACUGCCUGCACGAUUUUGCAUCUACUCUGCAAUCGUCUUGGCUGAGCUUUGGGCCGCGAAUUCUUACCUUAUGAUCGUGGUUGGAUUGUUUCCUGAUGCUACAGCCGGCCUUGUUGUUCUGGUCGCAACAGUAGUCUACUUUUUCUUUUUCUCGGGUGCUCUUAUAAACAGGGACCAUAUUCCAGCUUAUUGGAUUUGGUACCAUUAUUUAUCACCCGCCAAAUAUGCAUACGACGCGUUUUUGCAGACUGAGUUUGUGGAUUCAACGAGAUGCUAUUCCAGAGCAAUCGAGAGUUUCGACCACACCAAACUUGCUGGUGUUUCACAAGAAUUGAAGCAGCAGGUUCUGCGAGGAUUUGGGGAGGUUCUGGGGAUGAAUAUCACCGCCUCGAAGUGCAUGAGAACUGGAGCACAAGUUCUGAAGCUGAUAGGGGCUGAUGAUCUUAGCAUAUGGGCGUCCUUAUUGAUCAAUUUUGCUUGGAGUUUUUUCUUUAGGGUGUUGUUUUUUGUUAUAUUGUUGUUCUCUGGAAAUCUUAAGAGAAAGUAG